CAUACUCCAUUCGCUCGGGAGAAUGCGGGGCCAUGUGAACAACCUGCUCAUUUGGGGCAUUUUCUCCUCUGUUACAUUUCAAAGCACUGCCUUGGACUGUGAGACAAUUAAAUCAAAACGAUUCCCUUCUCCAACUUUGAAUGCAGAAACUACUGUGGUCGCAAUGGGUCAGAAUGUGUCUCUGUUUUGUUCCCACAAGAACACAUCACUGGAAAUCACCUACUACUUGUUUCGUAAUACAAAACUUCUUGGUGACCAGACUGGAAAAAUGGAACGUGCAGUUUUUAACAUAAGCAUCUCAAAAAACAAGGAUUUGGGCCCCUACAAAUGCAAGGCAGUAAGUUUCAACUGUACCCAGCAAGGAAAAUAUAGCCAAGAGCUCAACUUCACAAUUGUGGAUGGAGAUGCUUGUCCAUUAUGCCUGCAGCUACUGCUUCCGGUGUUGCUGCUGCUGGCCAUGGCCCUAAUUCUGGGGUUUUGGAUUCGACGAAGACGCAAAGCAGGAAAAACUAUGAGAAAGAAUGAGCUCAAGUUCCAUGAAAAUACCCUGGAGGAAGUGGAGAGCUACGCAAGCAUUGAGACCUGUAAGACUCAAGCAGAACCUGGACCCUCCCUGGAGCUAUUUUACGCCACCCCCGUCUUCCACAACCAGGCUUCUGAGCAGCAAGAGGCCCAUGAUUAUUGUGAAGCCGACUAUACUUACCUAAAUGUAAAAACACAGAGAGCAGGCAUGUAGCUGAGCUGUCCCUGCCAGUCCCAGGCUGCAGUUCCGGACUCCAGCUUCCUGCCAAUGUGGGGCUUGAGAGGCAGUGGUGAUGGCUCCAGGACUUGAGGCCCUGCUCUCCUUCCUGGGAGACCUGGACUGAAUUCCUGGCUCUAGCUUUGGCUCUCGCCAACCCCUGAUUAACACAGGCAUUUGUGGAGUGACCCAGCAAAUGAAAGAUCUCUCACAAUUUUUAAAAAUAAUAAUAAAGAAAUAGGACCCGGU